AAGUCAAGAUUUGAAGUUAGAACCUUCUGUUAUUGGCUGGACUGGUCCCCUUGGAGGUAUCACGGAAGUUUCAACAUUUUACGUUUCUCGGAUUUUAUUAAAAAAGUACAAUAUCCGAAACUUAGUUACCUGCGCGCAUUUAACUAUCAUUCUUAGAAAUCUUGUAUAUAAGACACUUUCACCAAACCAGUCAAGUACUUUAAUAAUAGCAUUAAUUUUACAACUCCUUAAUGGUAUGUGAUAUAUAUAUAUAUAUAUAUAUAUAUAUAUAAAUAUGUAGAUGUUCAAGGAAAAGAAAAAAAAGAAAGAAAGAAAGGUUAAUAAUAAUAUUAAAAAAAAAAGGAUUUUCCUACGCCAUGAUUUGGUCCACUUGUGUCUCAGAAGUAGACCAAAUGUUUCCCGUAAAUCAAAGGGCCAUAGCGCAAGGCAUUUUAGCAGCAUUAUUUUCGGGACUCGGGUUUGGAUUAGGGUGUAUUCUAGGCGGUUUCACAUAUGACCAGUAUGGAGCACAAAUGCUGUUUAACGUAUCCAUUAGUGUAGCCAUACUUAGUUUAUUUAUUUUCUGGAGUGGAAGAUUGAUGCAUUGUUAAGAUUAAAUAUAUCCAGGAUACAAGUUAACAAGUAGUAGUAGUAGUAAUGAAGAAAUAUAACAUGUUGUAUUAAAAAAAAUACAGUAAUAAUAAAGAGUUUAUAUGUUUAUGAUUUAAAUGAAUACUAUAACAAAGAUGCUACCCG